AGUUCGUGAUUCCGAAAAGCAUUGUGGGAUUGGAUGUCGGUGGAAAGCUUCUCGAAGGAACUGCAAAGAUGAUGCCCACACCAGUUAUCCUGCUGAAGGAGGGGACAGACUCGUCUCAGGGCGUUCCCCAGCUCAUCAGUAACAUCAAUGCCUGCCAGGUGAUUGCUGAGGCUGUCAGGACCACCUUGGGGCCCAGGGGAAUGGACAAACUGAUGGUGGAUGGCAGAGGUAAGGCCACAAUCUCCAAUGAUGGAGCCACCAUCCUGAAACUGCUGGAUGUGGUUCACCCUGCAGCCAAGACCCUGGUGGACAUCGCACGCUCCCAGGAUGCUGAGGUUGGGGACGGCACCACCUCUGUCACUCUCCUGGCCGCUGAGUUCCUAAAGCAGCUAAAGUCGUAUGUGGAGGAGGGUCUCCACCCUCAGACCAUCAUCAGGGCGUUCCGCAACGCCACCAACCUCGCUGUCAACAAGAUCAAGGAGAUUGCCGUCUCUGUGAAGAAAGAUGACAAGCAAGAGCAGAGGCAGCUGUUGGAGAAGUGUGCAGCCACAGCCCUGAACUCCAAGCUAAUUGCCGGUCAGAAGGAGUUCUUCUCCAAAAUGGUGGUGGAUGCUGUCAUGUCUCUGGACGAGCUGCUGUCUCUGAAGAUGAUCGGCAUCAAGAAGGUCCAGGGAGGAGCUCUCGAGGAUUCCCAGUUGAUCGCUGGGGUUGCAUUCAAGAAGACCUUCUCCUAUGCCGGGUUUGAGAUGCAGCCUAAACGCUAUGACAAUCCAAAGAUUGCUUUGCUCAAUGUGGAGCUGGAGCUGAAGGCUGAGAAGGAUAACGCUGAGGUCCGCGUGAAAUCUGUGGAGGAAUACCAGGCCAUUGUGGACGCAGAGUGGAACAUCCUGUACGACAAACUAGAGAAGAUCUAUCAGUCAGGAGCCAAGGUGGUUUUGUCCAAGUUACCCAUCGGUGAUGUGGCCACCCAGUACUUCGCUGACAGAGAUCUGUUCUGUGCUGGCAGGGUGCAGGAGGAGGAUCUGAGGAGGACCAUGAUGGCCUGCGGUGGCUCCAUCCAGACCUCAGUAGGUGCCCUGACAGACAAUGUCCUGGGACAGUGUGAACUCUUCGAAGAGGUCCAGCUUGGAGGAGAGAGGUUUAACUUCUUUAAGGGCUGCCCGAAGGCGAAGACAUGCACCAUCAUCCUGAGGGGCGGAGCAGAACAGUUCACAGAGGAGACGGAGCGAUCGCUACACGAUGCCAUCAUGAUCGUACGCAGAGCCAUCAAGAAUGACUCCGUUGUAGCGGGUGGAGGAGCCAUAGAGAUGGAGCUGUCCAAGUACCUGCGGGAUUAUUCCAGGACCAUCCCUGGAAAACAGCAGCUGCUGAUCGGAGCGUACGCCAAGGCCCUGGAGGUCAUCCCGAGACAGCUGUGUGACAACGCCGGCUUUGAUGCCACCAACAUCCUGAACAAACUACGUGCCAAACACGCACAGGGUGGUAUGUGGUACGGUGUAGAUAUCAACAACGAGGACAUUGCAGACAACUUCACUGCCUGCGUCUGGGAGCCCUCCAUUGUGCGGAUCAAUGCUCUGACAGCGGCGUCAGAGGCAGCCUGCCUCAUCCUGUCAGUCGAUGAGACGAUCACAAACCCACGCAGCAGCAUGGAUGGACCUCCAGGUGGCGCUGGCAGGGGCAGAGGCCGCGGGAGACCCCAUGCUCACUAAGGGGAAGCAAGAAGAAAACCCCAUUUUAAAUUGGCAUCAAAAUCCAAAUGCAGAUAGAAGAGUCUUCAGUACCAGUCAUGUUAUGUUGAAAUAUAGAUGCAGACAAAGAUUGUGUUGAAUGUACCUUGACAUGUUUGACCUGUAUUUGGAUUUUAAUUCUAGAUAAAAUGAGGUGUUGUAACCAGUCACACAUUGCAAGUGGAAGGUGUAGUGAAACAAAACAAGGGGGGAAAAGUUCAUCUUGCAAUUUCAAGACAGAUUCUUUAGACUUUGUCAAAGAUGGCUGACAUUUAUUGUGUUUUCUUUGUCACCUGUUUUUUCUUACUGAAACUUUGGCUUGGUAACGUCUGUGUAACAUUUCAAGCACUGCAUCUUUCCACGUGUAGCCAUUUCACUGAGAAAUGAUAGUGAAAUACAAGCAGAAUGAAAGCAGUUCCCCCUUGGUUUUGAAACAAACACACUCCUGUCCCCUCCAAGUCAGUACUUCCUCUCUUACCUGAAGGAGCUGUAACAUAAUUUCUAAUCUGGUUUUGUGUUAUGUGACAAACUGAUAUGUAACAUGGAAAAUAAAGCACUGAUAGGCUGUCGAGCAGUUCUGAACCAUUCAUUGGUUACGCUGUGUUAAACUAUUUAUCGGACCAUUCUUAUCAAUAAAUUCACAGCUGAAAUCGUA